AUGAUUGAUUUCUUGAAACAAAGUUAUAAUGAUCCAAUGCAAGAAAACAUUCCAAAGAACGUUCACGACUUGUUUGUUGAUAUUGCAAUAAACGAAGAUUUAGAAAAACCUGUUUCCACUCAUGUUACUGAUGUUACUACUACAACUCCUGCUGCUGAUACUACUACUACCACUGGUCCUUCUGCUCCUUGUGCUUCUGCUGCAACUUUUACUCUUACUAAUAUUCAUCCUGCUGCUGCUGCUGUUACAACUAAUAACCAUUCAAUUUUGUUUACCAUUAAUGAGGAAGAUGAAGACAAAGUGGAAAUUAAAUAUCUUGCUACCGAAAGCAUCCAUCAUCCUUUGGAUCUAAAGUUUUCUGGCACAAUACCAAAACGACUUGCAAGAGGUUAA